CGCUUUUCCCUCCCCCAUCUAUCAACCAUACCGUUUACCUUGCUUUCUUCUUUCGCUGCUUACCUUACCUUACACACUCGUUUGUUCCCUUACAUUCGUUGACGACUACGAGGUUGUACUCGUAUACCUUUUCUUAUAUUUUUUUUAACACAUUUAUUGUCUGGGUGGAGAAUGGAUUCCUCUAGCGACUACUGAGACAUGGAGUAGGCAACACAGCACUGCCAAACUCGCCUAGCGAGCCACCAUUAACCAUCCAUCUUCACUACCGCAAUACAUCGAUAUAAUAAUACUACGCUCCUCCCUACAAUGGGCAAUCAACCCUCGACUGAGGCACAGCCCCGUCGAGCGCCCCAGAAGCUCUCCAAACCUCGCGUGGGCAACCACACUGCAUCGUCGACAGGCGCCCUGCAAUCCACGACCGGCCAUCAUCCCCAUCCCGCCAGUGCAUCAACCCCAGCUAUCGGACGAUUCUCCAAUUCGUACCUCGUAGCAGGCGCGCCGCCUGCCGAGGCGCAAGAGCCGAUGAUUGGAGGGGUCAAUGAAACAAUCAUCGAAGACGCUGAGCUGGUGACAAAUGGCGAAGAGAGCAGACGGACUGGUUUAUUCCGUUCUUCGACAGUCCAGCCGGAGAGGGUCACUCGACGUCAGAGCACGGGGUUGAUGCCAUCCAAAACAUUCCAUGGCAUCGAGAGGCCCAAAUCGGUGGUGCAUAAAGCUCCUACCAGCCCAUUGACAUCCGUUACGUCCUUUGAGCAGCUCCGUCUCGAUCGCCGGGCGAGCACCUACGAUUUGACACCACUCAACCAGUACCGCCUAUGUCGGACCCCGGACAACGCGAAGGUGGCAUCGCCCGUCACUAGUCAGCCAGAUGUUCCCGAGGCGCUGCCCACGAUCGGGUCGAACCAGCAGGCCAUGAAUGCCCUGCUAGGUCGCUCACAGCCCGAGGUCUCGCUCUACGCUCCCGUGCGUCGUCGCUCAGCGAUUCUGACGCCUGGGGUCGCAACACGGUCCGAAGCUGAGCCGCAGGUUGAAGAGCCUCCCAUGUCCAGGAAACGGAGUCACCGAAAAAGCCUUCCGUCACGACGCAAUUCGUUCGAGAAGCCGCCGACGGUCCGACCGCACUCCAUGCUACCCAGCCCCCCUUGUGGCACACCCGACCGUGUGGCCACACCAUCGGAGAACGACUACAAGUCGCUGGGUGCGAUUAGGUUCGGCUCGUUGCGGGUCACGAAUGGGACGCCCGUGUCAAGUCCUGGGGACGGAUUGACCCCUAGGAAUGAAAUUAAUCUGCUGGAAACGUCGCCCUUCGGGCCAGCGCCGCAGGAUCAUGAUCCCCCGGUUACUGAAAUCCAACACCCCAAGCCAAUAUCGCCGCUGGUCGCCUCUUUUGGCCAGUCUACAAGUUCGACAAGCGAAUCGAAUCAUUCACCCUUCUCGCAACCAAGCGAUGGAGCCAAGGGCAACGACGCCAGUCUACUCACGCCGGUCACCCAGCCCUCUUCAUACGAGGAUAAUGACGCCCCCUUGGAGAUGAAGCGCACAUCCACAAAGGCGCCGGUGAAGCAGCCAGCGGCGACUGAAGAGGAGGCCCGCCCUGUCAGUGGAGCUGGCUCCAAGUCUUCGCUCUCGAGCUCGACAGGCCCGCCAUCGAAAGCAGACAGUGGCUACGGAUCGAGUCUGUCUUUGAAAUCGUUCUUUGGGUCGAGAAAGAAGAAGAAGGAGCAGCAGCAACAGGCGAAACAGGCGCAGGCGCAGCAAAACGCGGCGCAGGAACAGCCUCAGGUGCUGGAGAAGCGCCCGACCUUGCAACACCACUCGCCCUACCAACCUUCGACAGCACAGUUUCCUAGUACCGAAGCAGGGCAUGAGCCUUCCAUUGUCGCGCCUGAAGAAGAAGAAUCACAGACCAAGCCUAUUUCGAGGACCGGUAGCUUCAUAGGCUCUUUCAAGGCUAGGAAAGCAAAAGAAUCCCGCACCAAGCUCGGGCACUCUCGGGGAUCUUCAUCGCCGGAAGUCCGCUUCCGUCAGGAACCUUUGGAGACAGAGGUAAAGGUCGAACCGACUACGGUGCUGGACGCUGAGGAGACCAAGGCAAAGACAAUCACCAAGCUUGUCAACUCUGCCCGCCGCCGCAGUCUCCCGAAUAUCGCCGCUGGUGAUCAACACAGCCUGGAAAGAAUACCAUCCAUGCCUUCGGACGCCGGUGCCAAAGUCGAAGAGCACAGUCGCAAUUUUGAGGCUUCCGCAGCGAGGUUCUCCCUCAAAGCUACCCCACAGAUGCCGAAAGAAGUUGUUGUCGAGAGCCGUGAAGUCAGAGAGCGUUCGCCACAUGCCGCGACUCAUCGCGGAUUCCACCGACCACAAAAGUCUCUCGGUUCGGAAAGUACUACGCAACACCGCAACCUUGACCGCACGCCAUCUGUGCCUUCAAGUCGGUCCAUGGGCAAUCGCAAAUCUAUUCUUCGAAAAGUGAGACCUCAGACCGAUCAUGACGACGACGACGACGACUUCCUCCCAGACUACGUCCUCGGGUACGAGGCACAGGCGUCCAGCAUUGAUAACAUACGUCGGAGCGCUGGCGACAGUGCCUUUGAUGCGGCGUUUGCGCCACUGCCUCCUGCCCAUGUGCCCUCGAAACCGCCGCGGAGAGCGCACACGAGAACCAAGACGCCAGAAGCUCAUGCUCCCCACGCCUAUCCCCGUCUCCGCACCAUGUCUUCAGCGCCCGACUUCCUUGAGACUGUCUCGGAACCUGCCAGCCCUGGUUCUGUCAGCUGUUAUUCGCAGAAGCAGCCCAAGACUCCGCCCCCUAUCAGCAUACGCACGCGCGGUUCGAAGAAGAAGCGCAGGCCAAAGUCGGGACGGCCGCCGCCGCCAUCGUACGCCCCAUGGCCUUCUCAGCAUGAUCCUCGUGGGCCAGACUGUGACCUGGUCCUAGUGCAGUCCCUACGCGGGUACCCCAUCCUCCCUGCGUCUCACUUCGAGGAUCCCCGAGCGCGGCUCGACUAUCAUGUGCCGCAAGGCUACAGACGGUCCUCGGGCCAACCACUGAGCCCACUCUUGUCGCCCCGUCUGGAGGAACAGCAACAGCUACAGCAGCGACCUGUACCCGCGCGGCAAAUGCCAUCAUUCCACCGGCCUGGAGUGAAGGGCCUCCCUGGGCGUGCACCCCACACUCAUAGCCAGCCACUGCACAGAGGCGUACCAGCAUAAGCAUCGUCCGCAGAAACCUGCCCAUCUCUGACAGCGUUGUCUUCGCUCUUGUACCUUCAUCGACAUACUUCACACAUACUACUUGGAUUGUUACCGUCCGUACAGCACACUGUCACUUGCGGUCGCUGUCUUUCUGUGUUUCUCGCACGACUAGGCGAUA